AUGGAGCUGAAUAUCGUAACUAUUGCAAAACCAUUUCCGGACGGUGGGUUUGAGACCGGUCGACUAAUUCCUAGUGCCGAGCUGCAAGAAACUCGUAUCCAUGACGCCAUCUUCAGGUUGCGACGCAGCCUUAACGAGCCUACCCGCAAAUUCGAUGCGUCUAUGGGUCGUUCUGCCCUGCAGAAUCUUUCGCGACUGUCAAGAUCUCUAAUUAUCACCGCUCUGUCCGGUCUAGUCGGCUCCUCGACCAUCGCGGGCAUGGGUUUUGGACCCAUUCGUCACUCCGACGGACUUCCGCCGCCAACGAACUGUCGGGAUGACCGAUGUGAUCUGCAUGUUCAGGAAGCUGAGCAUUCUCGAGUUGAGCACAGCGACAACUGGGUCAAUGAAAUGGAUCCGUUCGACUGGCGAGCUCACGAGAGUGGGGAAGAAAGCGAUAACUUGAGCGAUUCAGACGAGGAGACAGAUGAGGAUUAUUUAGACGACAUGGGCUGUUCAGAUCCACCCUCGGAGCCUCGAUCCCUGAGCGGCAAGGUAUCAUCCCUCUUGCCCAGCCUCCCGUCGUUGCGGUUGACCGGUUUGUUUGAAGUGCUCUUCGGAAAUUCGCGGAAUCUACUCUGGAAACAGAUAAAUAAUUCUUCAGACUCGGUGUGGACAAAAGGCCGACACGAAAAUGAACAGUUUCGCAGUAGAUCAAUUGACAGAGACUCAUUCAACGACAAGAAAUUCCACCGAAAUGUCAAAGUAAGAAUAGUUGCCUCUUUUAUACUUGAAUCACAGUUUGUUCAUUUAGCUCAACUUUUCUUGAAACCACGGCGUCGGCAAUAA